AUGGCAGCCGAAAAACGUCGGAAGAUGGGGGUAGAGCCCCCUAACCUGAUCCAAAGGGCUCAGCAGGUGGUGAACGGAAUUUACCGUGGCUGCGAAGCGGUGGAUGGCUUCAGUGGAUUCAGUUUGUCGCUGUACGAUACGGCUUGGGUGUCAAUGGUCUCCAAGGCCGACGCUAUGGGGGUCCGUCAGUGGGUUUUUCCAGAGGCCUUUGCGUAUGUCCUGCGCCAGCAACAUGACAACGGUUCUUGGGGAAUCAAUGCCUCACCUGUCGAUGUGAUUCUCAAUACUAUGGCGGGCCUCCUGGCAUUACUAGAGCACAACGUGGUGGAGGCUGCUGCAGGCAGAGUUGGUAGUGAUAUAGGGCCCGCCAACUAUGAAGAAAGAGUCUCGCGUGCAAUUACAGCCCUAUGCGGUGCACUAGAGGGUUGGGAUGUUCAAUCUACUCUUCAUGUGGGAUUCGAAAUAUUGGUCCCAUGCCUGCUCCAGCAAUUGGCACAGAGAGGGGUCAGCCUGGACUUCCCUGGCAAACAGGAGCUGAUGAAGCUUCAUCAAGAGAAGCUGUCAAAGUUCAAACCGGAAAUGGUCAUCUCGAAGCAACAAACCACCCUGCUCCAUUCACUCGAAGGGCUGAUUGGCAAGGUGGAGUUUGAAACGCUGAAACAUCAUUGUACGAAAUAUGGAGGCAUGAUGGGUUCUCCAGCUUCGACCGCAGCGUACCUCAUGCACUCUCCGGUAUGGGAUGAAACUGCUGAACGGUACCUUCGCAAUGUGGUAGAAAAAUGCGGAUCCUGCGGAGGCGUCCCUAGCGGAUUUCCGACGCCAAUCUUCGAGUCCUCCUGGACAAUAUCAACGCUGCUUGGAAGUGGUUAUGCAAUCGAGGACUUUGCAAGGGAAGACAUCCAAGCCAUCACCACGUAUCUCCAAAAGCUCUUUGAAAAGCAGCACGGAUUACUUGGAUUCGCGCCGGGCUUUGUACCAGAUGCGGAUGACACAGCUCGAUCUCUCCUCGCGCUGUCAUACCUAAAAGUCCCAAUGGAUCCAUCUUCCUUGGUGGAUUAUUUCGAAGCUCCGCGUCAUUUUCAAACCUAUAAGCUAGAGCGUAACCCCAGUUUUAGCGCAAAUGCCAAUACGCUGUUGGCUCUGCUGCGGUCUCCGAGCCCUGCAGCCUAUAUCCCACAAAUCGAGAAAACCGCCAGUUACCUGAUUUCCUGCUGGGAGGGUGGAGAGUUGUGCGAUAAGUGGAACCUGGCACCUGAGUAUAGUGAAAUGCUUCUGGUCAAUGCCUUUGUUGAACUCAUUGCCGCGUGGGGUAAAGGGGAUUUGACAAAGCUGUCGACAGAAAUUGUUACAUCGAAGAUCCCGAUUGUCCUUUCUCACCAAUUGUCAAAGGCACUGGUUCACCAGCAUGAGAAUGGCUCAUGGGACAACUCUGUAGAGAGAACUGCGUACAGCAUACUUCUUCUUGCCUACACACUGAAACUACCAUGGCCAAUAUCGCACCGUGAGCUUACCGAGGCCUCGUUGUUCAGAGGAAGGGACUAUCUGAAACAGCACGCACAUGACUGGUCAGAGGGAGAUUAUAUCUGGAUCGAGAAGGUAACUUACCGACUGCCUAUGUUGGCUGAAACCUAUAGCCUUGCUGCAAUGAAGGUUUCAACGGAGGAGACGGCUUGGACUACCCAAGUUAGAGAAAUAUUCACUCUCCCAGAACAGAAAGGGAGGGCUAUGUCGGCCUUCUUUGGACAGCUACCCAUCUUUCGAGAUACUCCUUGGUGCACAGUGCUCUUGGCUAUUACAGAGGCCCAUUACUACUCACAGGCUUUGCGGAAAGUCCGGCUUGAUGUCUUUCCACGAGACAAAAUGCGGAUGACAAAGGACAAAUACUUGGACUUUAUUCCAGUAGCCUGGAUCUGUGUUAACACUAUUUCUGAUUUUCCCCUCUCGAGUGAGACAAUGUGGGACAUGAUGGUCAUCUCGAUGCUCAACUAUCAAGUUGAUGAGUACAUGGAAUCUGUAGUGGGACGCCUGCCAAAGUCAAGCUUGCCUGAGCUCAAACGUGAGAUCCGGAAUGCGUGCCUCGGUCAGGACCCAUCUACUGAACACAUGUUCGAUGCGUGUACGAUAGAAGGCCGACUGCAUGGGUUGCCACCGACACCGGAGAUGGACGACAGUCAGAGCCACUCAACCCCUCCACAUGUUUCUGAGGUGGCUGAAGUGAUUUUAAAAUAUAUCAAGCAUGUUCGGUAUCAUCCUUGUGUUGCAGCAUGCCCCACGGCCGCACAGCGAGAAGUCCGCGAGGAACUGGAUAAAUUCCUUCGCGCACAUAUGGCGCACAAUGCGGAUAACUCUCGUCUCAGCAAUAGUGAUACCAUCAUUGAGGAUCUUUUGAAUCGAUCAUACUUUGAUUGGGUUCGGGGUACUGGAGCCAUUGACACGAGCUGUCCUUACUCGUUUUCAUUCUUCGCCUGUCUCAUCAGUCGCCAAGGGCGCUCCUGUAUAUCUUCCACCAAACAGAGAUAUUUUGCCCGGGCGUUGGCGUUGCAUCUUGCCACUAUGUGCAGACAGUUCAACGACUGUGGAUCUCAGCUUCGAGACCUCCAGGAGAAAAAUCUCAAUAGUCUCGAUUUUGCAGAAUUCAAUGGGGACGGCCUAUCUAGAGGACCAGGCCAACACAAACAGGAUCUGAUACAACUUGCAGAGUUUGAGAGGUCAUGUAUGGAGGUUUGCUUUGCAAACCUAUCAGCAGAGACCAGUGCCACCAUAUCGGCACAGAUCCAAGCGUUCAUCAAAGUAACUGACUUGUUUGGCCAAAUAUACAUUGCGCAGGACAUUGCUAGUCGCUUGAAAACUGACUGA